AUGCAACAGACUAUUUUAGGUCAAAGUUCAUGAUAAACCCUGAACACAUGAAUGUAAACCCCAAUGAGGUCACAAGCCUGUUACAUGACGGUAAUGCCAGUCAAAGAAAAUGUAAAUGAAGCAUCCUUGUCAGCAUUGGAUUUUCAUGAAGAGACUGGCCAUAAUUUGGCAGCAGUAAUGAUUUCUAAAGGGUAAUAAAGAAAUGGACAAUGGAGAACCAUUCUUUGACAUAAGUGAAGGAUUUUUUGGAAAUGACAAUGAUGCAGGGAAUUCGGACUUCAGUUGGGCUGAUGAGUUCAUUUCCUCUUCCGAGAACCAAGAAGCGAAUCAAGCAGCCACCUCUGUCCUCCAGCAGGGGAUAGAUGAAGCCAUCACCACCUCAUCCUCACUUCCUGUCAUCGCUUCACAAAACAAUGUCAUUACAGCAUCACAGCCUAGCUUCAUCCUUACCAACACUGCCAGUCCCAUGCCCAUAGCCAAUCAGAAUGCUGGAAUUCAGUUUGUACAACAGCAGCAGCAGCAGCCUAGCCAAUCACAACAAAUCAUUACAUCACUUCCAAAUUUGAUUGGGUCCACAGCUCAAUUAGUAAGAGGUCCAAAUGGUCAGUUGAUAUUGACCAGUGGACCAAUACAGGUCCAACAAUCUCAACAGACACUUCAGCCUUCAUCAGUUCAGUUUCCUUCCCAGCAGUUUCAAGGACCCAGCCAGAGUCCAAUUUCUGCCAGUUCACCUGCUGUCAAUCGCUCUAUCACACCUGCCACCUCUCCUUUAGUAAGCAAACCAGUCGGAUCCAUUCAGUAUUCCACCUCCUCAUCGGAUUCAACAUCUAUCACAUCAUCUAAAGUCCCAAAUCAGCCAAUAGUCGCUAAUGUGGGAAAUGCCAAUGUGAACCUUUUACAACUUCAAGGAAAUGUGCAGCAACAGUUACUUGCCAGGAAUAUUCAGGUUCAAGGACAGACCAACACUGGGAGUAUAAAUGUUCAAGGAUUGCAGAAUUCAGGUGUUGUGCAAGGUCAAGGACAUAUGACUUACCUGCCGGGGCAUGGACAAACUGCUAUGUUACAAGGGCAGCAGGGAGCAACUGCUGUUCUCCAGGGUCAAACUGCUGUACUGCAAGGACACACUGGUCAGGCUGCUUUGUUGCAAGGCCAACAAGGUCACACUGCCAUGCUACAUGGUCAAGGACAAAAUAUAGUCAAUACACAAAACACUGUUAUUCAGAAUCCUAAUGUGGUGAAUUUGAAUGUGGCACAUGUGUUGUGCAACAACCCAGCUCUUCAAAACCAACAAGGUGGAACAGUGCAACAAGGACAAAAUAUACAAGGGACUCUUAUACAAACUGCUGAUGGUAAAAGUAUCAUAAUUCCUAGUCAGUUAUUACAGUCAGGUCAAGGUCAGCCAUUAAACCUCCAAAACAUUCAGCAGGUGUUUCAACCUCCGCUGAAUACUAGUGGUGCCAAUGUUAUUCAAGGGUCUUCAUCAAGUGGAACAGGGGUUCUUCAAGGAGCCACCAUGUUGGGGAACAAUGUAACUCUUGGUGGUUUAGGAAACGUCAUCCGCAUGGCAAACAAUACCUCAGUGGCAGGACAGGACAAAAACAUAGGUGCAACCCAUAUCAUUGGUGUGAACAGUCAAGGGCAGCAGGUGCUUAUACAGAGGGCUCAAGCUCAGCAACAAAACAUCAUGGUAAGGACACUGACACCACAGAAUCUACAGCUUCAGCAGCCCACAACCAACACGACCAGCACAUCACAUUUCCAGGUAUCUCAAGCUUCUCAAGUGGUGCAGCAACCCUUACUUGUCUCAUCACAGCAACCAGGGAUACAGCUGCAGAGGAUCAUCACCCCCACUGGUCAGCCCGUCAUAUCUGGUCAACAAAAUCAGACCGUAAAGGUCAUAGGUCAAAAUGCCCCAGGUGUAUUGUCAAUAAAUCUUCCCCAGAAUAUCAGUUUUCAAAACCUGCAGAAUCCACAAAUGCAGACUGUACAGUUAGUGCAACAGCAAGUUCAGAGGACUGCUGUUGGUGCGAAAAGUGAAGAGCACACUGGAACACGGGCACAGCAGGUGAUACAAGGUUCUACAUCAGACUCCAGUCUUAAAACACUGUCAUUUGUCACUAAAACAGUCUCACAGCAAGGUAAUCUCAUUCACACAUCUACAGGACUUCAACAAAUUGAUCAAGCUAGCACACAGUCUCUGGCUAGUGUUCAGAAUGUGUUCAAUCAGGCAUCACAUGUGUCUCUCAUGCCACAAAGCAGUGUUGUGAACUCCAUUACACCAGCCACCACUUCCCAGUCCCAGACUGCUCUGUCUCAGCCCAUAUUUAGUACCACUACACAAAUACCACAUGUGGUUCCCUCUGUGGUAACACCACAGCCAACUAGCGAUACCAAACCUCCUACUUUCUUACAGCAGACCACACUACAAGCCAGAAGUAAUGCACCAAAGCUUCAAACAAUUCAGUUGACACCAGAAACACAACAGAAACUGAAAUUGAUUCAGACAGAAUUAAACACUCUUCAGAGUCUGAAACAACUAACAGCUGAACAAAAGCAAAGACACACGGCAUUAAUCGAGCAUCAAAAAACAAUUAUCCAGAAGUGUGCACAGAAGGCAAAACUCCAAGUGGCCCAGCCAAUGAUAGGUCAGCCACAGGCCAGCUUUCCUACACAGAGUCAAGUAGUCAUAAAAAAGGAAGAACCACAGGUGGUUCUCCAACCAAUGAUAGGGGAACCACCUACAGGAACAGUACCACAGCAAGUCGGUUCAUUGACCCAAGGAGUGGUACAAGCAUCUGCUACAAUCCCGAGUGCAUCACCACUGCUAAAAGCACUGUCAUCAACCACCACAAGCAUCCACACAGCUGUUUCCACCACUCCUAAUCAAGUCCUAAACAAGGUGACAUCAACGACUCAGGCCACAGUGCAAAUAGGUCAAACGGUGACAACACCUGCUGGUGUGCCAAAACCUCUGGGGACAAACUUGCCAGCAGGAGCUACAUCUUUAAAACUUGGUACUCAGCAAACAGCUGUACCAACUCAAAUCAAAAUUGCAAACCAUGUCCUCCAGUUGAUCUUGACCCCAGAGCAAAAGAACAAGGUUGAAGGUUAUUUAGCACGGAUGACCCCUGAGCAACAGCAGCAGCAGAUCACCAUGUUUCUUAAACUACAGCAACAGCAGCAACUUCAGGCCCAGGUGCAGGCCCAGAAAGCCCAUCAAGCCAAGCUGCAAAUGCAGGGCAAAAUUCCCACACCUGUACAGACAAUGACAAGUGGCACUUCUAGUGCUGCCUCUGGUGCCAGUGUUUCGACUGGUCAUGUGAUCAUACAACCUGGAACCUCAGAACCUAAGCUGGUGGCUGUGGCCUCCAUUCCAAAAGAUAGACUGAUUCAUCAACAACUGAGUAAGGACCAGGAGAACGGCUUGAGGUCAGACACACAUGCUUCUUUCCGAGAUCAGCGGGACACGACGCGGAGACUGCUGAGGUAUCAUGUCUUCCAGUGGACAGAGCCACCCAAGAAACUGAUCAAAAAGGAUAAGGAAAUGUUUGAAAACUGUGCUGAAGGAUUGGUGAGAAAAAGCAGUGCAAUGUUUGAAAAGUUUCGUCUCUUGCUGAUGAAAGAAAGUAUGAGGGAGAACAGCACAGCAGAGACUGUUAUGAUCCAGAGACUGCUGAAUGAUGAUCUCAAAGAAACUGUAGCAAAAGAGAAGAAGCAGCUGGACGAGGAUCCAGCAUCUUUCAAGCCUAUGCCAAUACACAUGUUACAAAAGACAGAGAAGGCAACGGUGAAGGAAGAAAUGAAGGAACAGAAACCUAUUUCUAUCAAGCAAGAGCCCCUUCCAGACCAGAUGCCCCCUGAAAAUACAUCUUCUAGUCCCUUCACCUCCAUAAAGGAGGAAGAAAGCAAUUCGCGUCCAACUACGCCAAAAUUCAAACUCAUUAUUCGUAAUGAUGGACAGAAGUUGACGAGUUCUACCUGUAUUACUGAGGAUGGUGACAGUGACACCAAUACCUAUAUUGCUGAGCAGAGCAGCACAGAUAGUUACUGUGAUAAUAAUUCUGACAAAGGAUCAUUGGGGUCAAGGUCACCAUUACUGGAUAAUAUAGUGAACAAAACUGGUGAUGAUACCAUGGUGGAGGACAACACUGUCACAAGGUGGAGUGAUAUCAGUAAUGACGAGAAACCAUUUGCUUCAUACAUGGAGACAGACAGUGGUGAUGUGUCAGAGAUGAAUUAUUUGAAUUUUCCUGGCAGUAAAGUAGAGGUGGAAGGUGCAGACCGCAAUAUGUAUUCAGACCAAACAGAGGCUGUUCAUAAUCUGAUCUCAUCCGAGGACACUGUCAAUUACAGUAGUCAAAAUUCAUUUUGUCCUAGUCCUCCAUCUAGUAGUCAAUCCAUGUCAGUUACAUCUAGUAAUGCUUUGUAUUAUCAUGACAAUUCUAAAAACUCACACUUCAGUGGUUCCUUUCCUGGUUUAGAUGAUAGCCAAAAGUCUGCAGAGUUGAGUAUUCAUUCUUUCGCCGGAUCUGCUUGUGCUCAAUAUGAGCCAAUUUCCUCAGAUGAAGGGGACGACGAAGAGAUUGUCUCACAUUAUGUGCCUGGUAAAAGUGAACCUUAUUCUAUUAGUAUUGGAAAACACACUAUGAAGUAUUCCAGUGAUUCUCAGUCAUAUCUGCAAAGUGAAAACUUCGACAGGUCAAAUCAGACUUCAGGUGCAGAUGUGAUUGAAAUUACCGAGAACGAUAGCAACUUGAAAAUUGAGAGCAGUAGUAAUGAUAGUGAUUCAGAUUCUGAGGCAAGUUCCAUGAAGGAGGAAGACAGUGCACCAAAUUACCAGAUGCAAAGUGCAAUAGAUUCUAUACUGCAGUUCAAUGAUAAUACGUCAUCGUCAUCUACAUAUCACCAUAUGGACCAGUCAGAUUUCUUUAAUCAUGACUAUGAUGCCAGCCAAUCAGAAGAGAGUCCUAUAAAUAGUCCCCAGUCAUAUGAUAGACAGGAAAAUGGGGACCAUACGGACACCACUUCAAUGGAGGAUGAUUUAGAUGCUGCCGUUAAAAGUAUUUUAAUGUAGAGAUAGCCAUAUCUAGCUUUGUUGUUCACAAUGUGUACCUCAUACAUGAAGAUUUUUUCAUUGCCUUUUAUGUAUGUGAAUUUUGUAUUGUAAAUUAUUUUCAUUGAGAGAACAUGCAAGGGAAUCUCAAGUGUCUUUAAUUUUUCUUUUAAGGUUGAAUCUACCAUGUAAAUUCAAUUUUCACUGGAGGUAGAAUUCCUCUUGCAUCUGAGAUGCUGAUUGAUUUUAAUAGUGCUACACAUGUUAGCCUUGACAAUAAAUACAAAUGCAACCGAAAUAAAUUUCAAUUUUUACAUCAACCAUUUCCAUAAAGGUAGGUUCAUUUAACAAAUGAAUACUGUAGUUAAUUUUGUAGGCAAAAUAAGAUUUCGUCGUUUUUGAAAUUGAAAAUUUAAAGUUGAUAUAUGUGCCUUAGAGGUAUGUACAGAGAUUAUAGGUUUAAAUAUUUGAUGAAUCUGCCCUUUGGGAGUUGCAAUAAAUGUAUAUUUUACCAAAAUGUUUGGAAAUUUUUAUUAUUUCACUUCCUUUUGCAUAGCUUUAAAACUUUUAUCUGAACUCAAAUGUAGAAAUAGAGAAUUUAUUUUGGUCUGCCCUACAAUGGUUCUAGAGACAUGGAUAGUAUGGGCCCAUUACUUUGACAGUCUUAUACCAUGACAUGAUUUGUUAUAAAUGCAUGCAAUUUGUAAUGUAGGCUUGCAUAGAACAUAUUGUGGUAGGGUUUUCCCCACAUUUUAAAGAAUGCCCAUGUUUCUGACAACUUUGUAGAGCUUUGUAGUUUAUUUUGUAUAUGAGAUAAACAUCUACCAUGCAUCUUUUGUGAUAUUUUUCACAUAUUUUGUUAUUUUCUACUUUUGUAAAUUUUUACCUUUGAGUAAGAGUCCGCUUUGGUAUCAGUAUUGUCUUAGAUGAAUUUAGAUGUUUUUGUCCAUAGUGCAUGUAUUGUAUGUGGAUGUUGUAAAAAACAAAAUCAGUUUCAUAGUAUAGAUAAAUAGAUCAUAUGUACUGUAUACAAGAAAUUUUCACCGAUUUUUUGUUUGGGUUUUUUUUUUUUUUUUUUUUUUUUUUUAUUAUUAUUAUUAUUUCUCCCUUGCAUAGACACAUUGAGAGUUAUGUCUGAUUUUAAAUUUGCCCAAAGCCAUAUUUUACUGCGUAAGACACAUUGAGAAUCAAUUUUGUCUGAUUUAAAAUUUGCCCAAGGCCAUGUUUUACUACUUCAGAACGUGAAUAAAUUCAAAUUCAUGUAGAAUUCAAUUCAUCCAUUUAAGAUGGGGAAAUCGGGGGAAAUUUUUUCUGUAAACAGUAUAUAUAUAUUUCAAUUGCAAAAAGAUAGCUGCCAUAAUGAGCUAGUCCAGACAAAUUACCUUGUUUCUGCAUUAUAAAUCAUUCCAUGCCAUGUCAAAUAUUUUGUUUUGUGAAAGGAUUUUUCAUGGAGAAGUACCCUUUCCAGCUGCAAUAAAAAUGUUAAUGAACUUUACAUAUUCCAAUUUUACAGUCCAGAAUUAUCCACCCAAAGGCAUAGGAUGUUUAUAUCUUUCUCAUUUAUGCACUUAAGAAAAAAGCACCCAAUCAAAAUGAAUUAGUUACCCAUCUGAAUGAAUUUAUACUGAUUUUCUCUUUGUAAUAUAGAGCGUUGAUGCUAUUUGUAUAUUUUUACAGUGGAAGUGAUACAAUCUUUAAAUUUAACACAUGUACUAUACAGUCAUUCCUUUCAUGUGUUCAAGCCAUUUUCAUCUUGUUGCACAUGAGUUUGAAACUUUCAUAUGCUUUGGUGAAAUAUUUUCGAACUAUCAUGGACUUUUCAUAAGAUUAUAUGUUAUUGAUGAACGAGUUGUCAUUAUUUAUUGAAAUGUCAUAUCAGAAGAGUCCACCCUAUUUUGGGUUUUAAAAAAUACAAAACAAAACAAAAAACAACAAUAAAACAAUAAAACAUUA